GAUCUAUAAGUCAAAACAUUCAUAUUUAUAUACCGAUCCUUAUGAGCCAAUCGUGCAUGGAACUUUUGGUAUCGAUCAAUAUAAAUUUUGGUAUAUAAUAGAUAAACUAAGUGAUUUUUUUGCUGAAAUAAAGGCUAGAAGUCGUGGGUUCGGACACCCAGAUUAUGAUGG